UUAGUUACAAAAAGUAUUUCGCAAAGUAAAGUUAUCAAAAAUUAAGAGUCACUAGUCAAAUUUAUUUAUAUUAAUAUAUAUGAUAGAUAAAUAAUGCUAAAUGGAGGCUCAACACCACGCACCUCCCAACCAUAUACUCGGUUACGUGAUCCGGAGUCGUACGCGCAUAUAUAUUUCUUACCUAAUACCUGCUGUACUCGAAUUAAUUGUUUAUAUUACACAAAUCGUCGCCGAUUGCUCGGUCAGUUAUGAACAUUUUGAAUCAAAUCAACCUGCAUUUGGUUGGGGUACUUUAGUACUUGUUUUAAUGCCACCUCUUCUAACGUUUUGCUCUGUUGUGAGCUCCACAGAGCAUCGAAAUAACCCAAAGUAUAAAAAUGGUCUAAGUUUUGUGAUUCACCAGUUAAUACAACUGAUGUUAUUUCCACUAUUAAUAAUCUACAGGUUUAUGAUUCGAAUAUUUUGGUCCGUUGAAGCGCUUUUCCAUGAUGACAACGACAAUGAGCGUAUGAUGUGCAUAAAAAAAACUGAGGAGUGCUCCACCUGUGAAUUACAGUUGAUGAUACAAGCGUAUGCUCAAUCAGCACCUCAAAUAAUUCUCCAGCUCUAUCAUAUUUUGACGCAGGAUUUAUUUCGAAACUAUCAAACUACAAAUGCUCAAGCCAUUUGUCUAGUUUUUUCUGUUAUUAAUUUAGCAGAUAUAACCAUGUCGUACCAAAGAUUCGAAAGUCAACGACAAGUUGGACGUAUCUAUCCUUGGGCUGCCCCUAAGCAGGUCGAAGCUCAACAAAAAAUUCUAGCCAACAAUGACCGCUUACUAUUAGAGUGUGAAAAAAAGAAAAGAGAAUCUGAACGUACUAUAGCGAGUUUUCCGGAAUCUGAUAAAAUAAUGGCUAAUUUUAAAAUGCGAACAGAACAAACAAGUACUAGCAAUGUAUCUGAUGAAAAAACACACGAUAUUUUGGUUCAAGGAGUAGAUGAAGUAGACAAUGACGCCAUUGAAACAACGAAAGAGACGGUACUAAUACAUACAAAUUCAUUAUGUCCAUCUACAAAUAAUGCCACAGAUGAUGACAAGAUCAUGAUAAGUCCAAAAUUACGUCUACAUCGUAUACAUGAAGAAAUACAUGAUUUAGAUGCUAUUGAAAUAUUAGACACUGUGCCAGAUAUUCCAGCACCAUUGCCUCCGAAAAUAAAUCCUAAUUCUAAUCCAACACUAUUACGCACACAAGUAUCAACAAAUUCCGAAGCAACAUCAACUUCAACAUCGAGAAAUAAACGUAACUCAAAAACAUUAUCACAACUAGAAACAUUUAAGGAUAUGCUAAUUAUAAACACACAACUGUAUAUAAAGGACCAUGUACCACGACCGCCAAAAAUUCUUAUUAAUCGCAUUGAUAAUGAUCAUCAAAAUAAUGAGGAAAAAACUCAACUUUUAACACCAACGAAAUCUUCUCUUCCAGGGUCACCUCUAACCCCGAAAGACGUAGUAGACUUUUUUCUUCCUCGCCCAACAAAGAUUGUUAACGGCAUAGUACAAGAAGAUUUUGCGAGUAAAACUAUUGCUUUCUUCGGUUGGAUCUCAUUUAUUAUUAUGCGAAUGCUAUGCUUAUCAACAUUUCUUGUAUUUUAUCCAACGCCUUUUUUUAUAAUAAUAAGUGUUCACUAUGUAAUCAUGUUAGCAGCAUUGUACUUAGAAACCAGAAAGCAAAGUAAUACAAACCGCCGGCUCUUCUAUUUGCUUUUAGCUUAUAUAUACAUUUUCGUAUUAUUAGAAGUUCGAAUUAGAUUCACGAAAAUACGGCUAUGGUUCGUCGGUUACUUUGUGUUAACAAUGAUCGAAAACAUUGUUAUGACUGUAAUUUGGUACACAAAAGAGGACUUGGAAUCAUGGUGGUUUGGAUUUAUUUUUAAUAGCAUCGUUGUCAGUGGAAUUUUAUUCAUGGUCACUUUAAUAGUUUAUUACUGCGUCUUGAAGCCAAAAGAUGUUACAUUAAUUGUAGAAGAUAAUACACCUGAAAUUAUUUCAUCGAACUAAUCAUUGAAGUAAACAAUAUUAACAAUAUUAAUAUUAUAAUUUUUUG